ACUGUUACCGUUACCAGCUGGUGGUCUCCAGCGGCCCCCUGGCUCUCCGCGGCCCCGACACGCAGCGCUCCUCCUGCCUGUGGCACCUCCAGACGGCCCCCGGCUCGCAGCUGGAGCUCCACAUGGAGUGGCUGCUGCCUGAGUGCCGCGACCGACUGGUGGUGUAUGACUCCAUAACCCCUGCCGACACACACCUCAUCACAUCUGUGUACGGCUGCAGCAGACAUGAGAGGCUGGUGCGCGUCCUGUCUUCAGGAGAGUGGAUGACGGUGGUUUGGAAACAGGGUCUAUAUAACUACAAAGACCCCUUCAGUCUAUCUGCACAGACCUGGACCCGCCGCAACUCUAGCUCCUCUAUAGAGCUGAAGGCAGUUUCGGGGGUCCAGGGGUCUCUGAGCACGCCUUUCUUCCCCAGCUACUACCCCCCUAACACAAACUGUACCUGGAGCUUUACCAUGCCGGCUGCAGGGAUGGGUUUGUCUCUGGAGCUCGAUGGUUACGAGCUGAGCAGAGCCGUGUAUAAUCAGGUCUGCACUCAGGGCCAGUGGAUCGUCCAGAACCGCAGACUGUGCGGAACUCGGGGUCUGCAGCCCUACACCGAGCGUCUCUUCCUAAUCUCCACGACGACCACGGUUGUCAUGACGUCAGAGGUGUCAAUCACAGGGCCAGGACUUCAGCUGCGAUACAGAGUCUUCAACCAAUCAGAUCCGUGCCCUGGUCAGUUUCUGUGCACCAUUAACGGCCUGUGCGUUCCCGCCUGUGAUGGAAUCAAAGACUGUCCCAACGGACUUGACGAGAGAAACUGUGUGUGUGUGGCGCAGUACCAGUGUCCAGAGGACAGUCAGUGUGUGGACUACUACAAGGUGUGUGACCAACUCCCAGACUGCCCCGCAGCAUCAGACGAGAUGAACUGUACUGAAGGUGUGCAGUGUUCAGAUAUGACCUAUGUGUGUGCUGAUGGAACGUGUCUGAAGAAACCGAACCCCGAGUGUGACUUUGUGACCGACUGCCCCGACGCCUCCGAUGAGGAGCACUGUGACUGCGGCCUGAGGCAGUUCUCCAGUCGUAUUGUGGGCGGGGCUAACGCCACGGAGGGGGAGUGGCCAUGGCAGGCCAGCCUCCAGGUGCGGGGCAACCACAUCUGCGGGGGGGCGCUCAUCUCCAGCCAAUGGGUGGUGUCCGCCGCCCACUGUUUCUAUGACGACAGUCUGUACGCCCCCUCGGUGUGGACGGUGUACCUGGGGAAGCUCCUUCUGAACCCCAGCAGCUCCACUGAAGAAGUGGCUCGAGUUUUACGGAUCCAGCUCCACCCGUACUACGACUCCGAGUCCCACGACUACGACCUGGCGCUGCUGCAGCUGGACCGACCCGCCUCCGCUCUGCUGGCCGGACACAACCGACCCGCUUGCCUGCCCCCCCCCGCACACCGGCUGGAGCCCGGGUUGCUCUGCUGGGUCACCGGGUGGGGGUCGCUCAGAGAGGGGGGUGAGGAACGGGAGAGGGAGGGGAGUGUUGUUAAUAGUUAA